GAGAAAACUUAAAUUCCAUGAGAAAUAAUAAAAGCUCACAUAUUCUUUUCCUUUCUCAGACCACCUCUAGGAGCUGCAGCUUGAAUAGUUUAGUCUUCUGCCAACAAGAGCCUGGCCAUGGCCGAGAGGGAACAGGUGAAGCCGCUCGCCCCGGUGGCGGGGUAUCAAAUCCACAGCGAUGAAGACGAGGCUCUCUCCACCCAAUUCAGCCUCCAGCAGCGGAAUUACCUCAAGUGCUGCGGCUGCGUCACAGCCGUCCUCUUGAUCCUAGCCGUCGUAAUCCUCAUCCUUGUCUUCACAGUCUUCCAGGUCAAGGACCCGAAAAUCAGGAUGAAUCAGGUCACCGUGACGAGGCUCGACUUCGCCAAUGGGACCCUCCGUCAAGACGUGAACGUCACCCUCCUCGCCGAUGUCUCCAUCAAGAACCCCAACGUGGCAUCCUUCCGGUUUAGCAACACCACCACAUCCAUCUUCUAUGAAGGCACCCUCGUCGGAGAGGGUCGGACACCAGGCGGUAAGGCCCCGGCGCACCGGACGCUGAGGCUGAACAUGACGCUGGACAUAAUCCCUGCAAAGCUGAUGGCAAUCCCGGGCCUCCGGAGUGAUCUGGGGUCCGGUGCCCUCACGGUGGAGAGCUCCACGAAGGUCCACGGCCGGGUGAAGAUCAUGAGUAUGAUAAAGAAGAAGGUGGUGGUGAGGCUGAACUGCACGAUCACGUAUAAUAUCGCAACCACGGCCGUUCAGGAGGACUGCAAGCGGCACAUAUCGUUUUAGCUGGUCAUACUGCGAAAUGCUAGACAUUAUUGAUAGCCUCAACCGAUAUAUUAAUGUGUAUUAGAAAGUAGAGCUCGGAGAAGAAGUACGCCUAGAAAAUGGUUUCUGCGCCGGCUAAUGUAUAUCUUGUCCAUGUGUUCUCUUAAAGAUCAGUAUGUAUCAUUUUUCGCAUCAUUAUCAAUUGAUAAUUCGAUUUAUUG